ACGAUGAAGCAAUAGAGAUGCUUCCCUUUCUGAUAGCCAUCCUGGGCUCAGCAGAGGCCAGCUGCCGGUCCUCCAACUGCAACAACAGCACCAAGGAUUACUGCUACAGCGCUCGCAUCCGCAGCACUGUGCUGCAGGGCUUGCCCUUCGGAGGGGUGCCUACUGUGCUGGCUCUUGAUUUCAUGUGCUUUCUUGCGCUGCUGUUUGUUUUUUCCAUUUUACGUAAAGUGGCCUGGGACUAUGGGCGCCUGGCUCUGGUGACUGACGCUGACAGGCAACGACGCUGGCAGUUGGAGAAAGAGGAACGGGAAUAUGUGGCAUCUGCCCUGCAUUCGGACAGCCACGACCGUUACGAACGCCUCACUUCCGUCUCCAGCUCUGUUGACUUCGACCAAAGAGACAAUGGCUUCUGCUCCUGGUUAACUGCCAUCUUCAGGAUAAAAGACGAUGAGAUCCGGGACAAGUGUGGGGGUGAUGCAGUCCAUUACCUCUCCUUCCAGCGGCACAUCAUAGGACUGCUAGUUGCCGUUGGUGUCCUCUCUGUGGGCAUUGUGCUGCCUGUGAACUUCUCAGGGGAUCUUCUAGAGAACAACCCCUACAGCUUUGGGAGAACAACUAUUGCUAACUUGAAUUCAGGGGAUGAGCUCUUAUGGCUGCACACCUCCUUUGCCUUCUUGUACCUGCUGCUGACUGUGUACAGCAUGCGCCGCCACACUUCCAAGAUGCGCUACAAGGAGGAUGACUUGGUGAAACGAACCCUCUUCAUAAACGGCAUCUCAAAGUAUGCUGAGCCUGAGAAGAUCAAGAAACAUUUUGAGGAGGCCUAUGCCAAUUGCACGGUCCUGGAGGCUCGCCCUUGCUACAACGUGGCCAGGUUGAUGUUCCUCGAUGCCGAGAGGAAAAAGGCAGAGCGAGGGAAAAUCUACUUCACCAACUUGCAGGCCAAGGAGAACACCCCAUCCAUGAUCAACCCUAAGCCCUGUGGCCAUCUCUGCUGCUGUACUAUCAAAGGCUGUGAAGAGGUGGAAGCCAUUGAGUACUACACCAAGCUGGAGGAAAAGCUCAAGGAAGACUACAAACGGGAAAAGGAGAAGGUGAACGAAAAGCCACUGGGCAUGGCUUUUGUCACCUUCCACAAUGAGUCCAUUACAGCCAUAAUCCUUAAAGACUUCAACGUGUGCAAAUGCCAAGGCUGCAAGUGCCGUGGGGAACCAAGGGUGUCCGCCUGCAGCGAGUCCCUCCAUGUCUCAAACUGGACAGUCUCAUAUGCACCUGACCCUCAGAACAUUUAUUGGGAGCACCUGUCCAUUCGUGGCUUCAUCUGGUGGCUCCGCUGCCUCAUCAUCAACGUGGUGCUCUUCAUCCUGCUCUUCUUCCUCACCACUCCUGCCAUCAUCAUCACCACUAUGGACAAGUUCAAUGUCACAAAGCCUGUGGAGUACCUGAACAAUCCCAUCAUCACACAGUUCUUCCCUACUCUGCUACUGUGGUGCUUCUCCGCUCUGCUUCCUACAAUUGUGUAUUAUUCGGCGUUCUUUGAAGCCCACUGGACCAGAUCUGGAGAGAACAGGACAACUAUGCACAAAUGCUACACCUUCCUCAUCUUCAUGGUCUUGCUGCUGCCAUCUCUGGGACUGAGCAGUCUGGAUGUGUUUUUCCGCUGGCUGUUUGACAAAAAAUUCCUGGCUGAGGCUGCGGUGAGAUUUGAGUGUGUAUUCUUGCCAGACAAUGGGGCCUUUUUUGUGAACUACGUAAUUGCCUCUGCAUUUAUCGGAAAUGCCAUGGACUUGCUACGCAUUCCUGGCCUGCUGAUGUACAUGAUCCGGCUCUGCCUGGCCCGGUCAGCUGCGGAACGCAGGAAUGUCAAACGGCAUCAGGCCUAUGAAUUCCAGUUCGGGGCUGCUUACGCGUGGAUGAUGUGCGUCUUCACCGUGGUCAUGACCUACAGUAUCACCUGCCCCAUCAUUGUUCCCUUUGGUCUGAUGUACAUGCUACUGAAGCACCUGGUAGACAGGUACAACCUAUACUAUGCUUACCUGCCAGCCAAGCUGGACAAGAAGAUCCAUUCAGGGGCUGUGAACCAGGUGGUGGCAGCACCUAUCCUCUGCCUCUUUUGGCUCCUUUUCUUCUCUACUGUGCGUACAGGGUUUCUGGCUCUCACAUCAAUGUUCACCUUUGUGGUUCUCGUCAUCACUAUAGUGAUCUGCUUGUGUCACGUCUGCUUUGGACACUUCAAAUACCUCAGUGCUCACAAUUACAAGAUUGAUCACACAGAGGCGGAUGCUGUGGAUGGAAGGGAAAACGGACGACCGGCUGCCAACCCGCCAGCUCCUAAAUCAGCUAAGUACAUCGCCCAAGUGCUGCAAGAUGCUACGCCCGAAGGUGACGCGGCCGAGUCUGAGGAACAGGGGUCCCAAGACGAGGAGCUCAUCAACCCCAACGGCAUAAACGAUACGGAUUUCCAGUCUUGCGAAGACAGCUUGAUAGAAAACGAGAUUCACCAUUAGGGACGUAGGAGUGUGUGCAAAGGGGCAAGGGAGUCCUAUAAGACGAAGAGGUUGCUGCACACUGUGUGUAUGUAUGUG